AAGAAAGAAAGAAAGAAAUAUGCCAUCCAUUUUGUUUUUUCUCAUUCUCCUAAGCAUCCCCUCUGGUAUCACCUCCAGUCCACAGCUGACUCAGUCUGAUCCAAUAGAGAUGAAGCCUGAAGCUUCCUUCAAACUGACCUGUUCUGUCUCUGGUACCCAAGUCAGUGACUAUUACUGGGAAUGGAACCGGCAACCUCCAGGGAAAGGGCUGGAAUGGCUCGGGUUCAUUCGGAGCACUGCAGCAGGAGCAACCACCCAGCUCAAUCCAGCACUGAGCAGUCGAAUGAGCAUCUCCAGGGACACUUCCAAAAAUGAAGUCUAUCUUCAGUUGAGAACCUUGACAGCUGCAGACACUGCAGUGUAUUACUGUGCAAGACGCACAGCGGAGCAGAGCAGUGUCCUCUCUGAGAUGCAGUUGGUCCAGUCUGGAGGAGGAAUGGUGAAGCCUGGACAGACCCUCAGUCUGACAUGUUCUGUCACAUUUUCUAAUGCUGAUGAAGAAGAUUUUGAUAGCUAUGCUUGGAAUUGGAUCCGGCAGCCUGAUGGGAAAGGCUUGGAAUGGAUGGGAAUCAUAACCACAACCCCCCUUCUGGAUAACCCUGAGGAUGCCAGGAGGUAUGCUCCAUCUCUCCAAGGCCGGAUCACUCUCUCAGCCGAUUCUUCCAAGCAAGAGGUUUACCUUCAACUGAACUCUCUGACAGCUGCAGACACAGGCACUUAUUACUGUGCUAGAGGAGCACAGUGA